UCCGCAGGAACGCACCAGCCCCAUGGCGUCCCCGCUGGAGGAGGGAGCAGGAAGUAUAAAAGAUUGCUGCGACCACCAGGAAGCCCAGGCCCUCUCCACAUGCAGCAAUGCCAGUAUCUUUCAGAAGAUAAAUGCCCUAUUGGAUAAUUCUCUGAAUUUCAGUGGAGUCUGCACUACACCCACCAAUCAAGAAGUUCAUGAUCAUUUGCCAUCAGACUUCCCGGACUCUGAAGACGCAGUCACAAGCAGGAUGCUUUUCCCCACCUCUGCGCAAGAUUCUCCCCGGGGCCUCCCAGAUGCAAAUGACUUGUCCCUGGGCCUGCAGUCCCUCAGUCUCACAGGCUGGGACCGAAUCUGGAGCACCCAGGACGCAGAUUCCUCAGCCCAGAGCAGCACACACUCCGUACUGAGCAUGCUCCACAACCCACUGGGCAGUGUCCUGGGGAAGCCCCCCUUGAGCUUCUUGCCACUGGACCCCCUUGGAUGUGACGUGGACAAGUUCCCAGCACCCUCGGUCAGAGGCUCCCGCGUGGACACGAGGCCCAUCUUGGACUCCCGCUCCUGCAGCCCCUCGGACUCAGACACCAGUGGCUUGAGCUCCGGAUCAGAUCAUUUCUCAGACUUGAUUUCAAGCCUUCGCAUCUCCUCCCCUCUGCCCUUCCUGUCUCUGACAGGGGGUGGCCCCAGAGAUUCCUUAAAGAUGGGGAUUGGGUCCCAGAUGGACCAAGAGCAAGCUGCUCUCGCCGCUGCCACUCCCUCCCCAACCAGUGCGUCGAAGAGAUGGCCAGGAGCUUCCGUGUGGCCUUCCUGGGACCUGGAAGCCCCCAAAGACCUCUUCAGCAUAGAGAGAGAGGCCCGGCUGCACCGGCAGGCGGCAGCUAUGAAUGAAGCUACCUGUACCUGGAGCGGUCAGCUUCCUCCACGGAACUAUAAGAACCCUGUCUACUGCUGCAAAGUGUUCCUAGGAGGUGUUCCUUGGGACAUUACGGAAGCUGGAUUGAUUAACACCUUCCGUGUUUUUGGCUCUCUGAGUGUGGAGUGGCCUGGUAAAGAUGGCAAGCACCCCCGGUGUCCUCCCAAAGGGUACGUGUACCUGGUCUUCGAACUGGAGAAGUCCGUGCGGGCCUUGCUGCAGGCUUGCUCGCACGACCCGCUGAGCCCCGACGGCCUGAGCGAAUACUACUUCAAGAUGUCCAGCCGAAGGAUGCGCUGCAAGGAGGUACAAGUGAUCCCCUGGGUCUUGGCCGACAGCAACUUUUUGCGGAACCCGUCUCAUAGACUGGACCUCCGCCGGACGGUGUUCGUGGGCGCCCUGCACGGGAUGCUCAACGCCGAGGCCCUGGCCGCCAUCCUGAACGACCUGUUUGGAGGAGUGGUGUACGCCGGGAUCGACACCGAUACGUACAAGUAUCCCAUUGGCUCUGGUCGCGUGACCUUCAGUAAUCAACGCAGUUACCUGAAAGCCAUCAGUGCUGCUUUUGUGGAGAUCAAAACCACCAAGUUCACCAAGAAGGUUCAGAUCGACCCCUACCUAGAAGAUACUCUGUGUCAUUUCUGCAAUUCUCAGCCUGGCCCUUUCUUCUGUCGAGAUCAGGUGUGCUUCAAGUACUUCUGCCGGACCUGCUGGCACCUGCGGCACAGCACGGAGGGCCUGCGCCACCACAGCCCCCUGAUGCGGAACAAGAAGAACCGAGAUUCCAGCUAGAGGAGCCGGCCUUGCCUGGGGGCCGGCAGCGCCCGUGGCUGGCAGGUCAGGCCGUGGCCUGCCCCACCUGGGCACCUGGCGACCAGGGAGCCGGCUUCCUGAGGACAAGGGAAGAUCGUCGUCACCUUUGCACUUGCUGAGUCUGUCUUUGUUUCUGCACUAAUUAACGCACAAUGAGUUUUGUCCAGUUUGUUUUCAGGGGCUGGGCCAGGGCGAGGACCCUCUGGCUCACCCUCCAAGUGACUGUAGUUUUCCCAGAUUUUAGUUCCUCAUUUUGCCAAUGAAAAGCAAAAAAAGAAUUACAUGUCCAGAAGGCAUUGACACAGUGCCUACAUCUAGGUUUAUUUAUUAAAAGCGCUUUUUUUUUUUACAUUCCUUGCAAUACUGAUGCGCAGGUCUCGGUUUCAUUCUUGCAGUUGCCAUACAGUGCCUUUCCAUUUAUUUAACCCCCACCUGAACGGCAUAAACUGAGUGUUCAGCUGGUGUUUUUUACUGUAAACAACAAGGAGACUUUGCUCUUCAUUUAAACCAAAAUCAUAUUUCAUAUUUUAUGCUCAAGGGUUUUUACCGGUUCGUUUUUACACUCCUUAAAAUAGUUUUUUAGUCAUUUGGAACAAGAGUUGUUUUUUUUUUUCUUUCUGGCAGCUCUUAACAUUAUAGCAAAUUUGUGUCUGGGGAACUGCUGGUCACUGUUUCUCACAGUUGCGAAUGAAGAGGGGAAAAAAAAAAUUGCAACCAAGAAAAAAAAAAUGUUUUUGAAUUGCAAACUGGACCCGGUAAAAGGUGUUUGAGCAGCUGCUGUAUGUAGGUUUAAACGGUUUAUUGCACCUUCUUAAGUUGCACUUAUUUGUGGGGGGGAGGGUUGAUAGAAGUUUUUAAUCACAGAGUCACAGGACUUCUUUCUUUUGUAACUGAGCUAAUAAGGGCUGUUUCUGGUGGGGGCAGAAGGAGGCUCACAGGGGCCCUUUCUCUCAGAGGGGACAAGUGUCCUUCCUUGUGUCUUUGAUUUGAGAAAUGUAUGGAGCAACCGUGGUAGUGGAUGGUCAUGCUACUGAGGUUUGAAAACUUGACUUUUUCUUUCUUUUAAAAAAAAAAAAAAAUCGACUUGCCCCUCUUUGGGAAGCUGUGUGCCAAAGAACCAGUGUCGCCCCCCUCCCCCCCACCCCCCUUCCCCGCUGAGCUGACCUUGCAUUGUCGCAUAUCCCAGCUACUCUGUGGGUUUUGUGAAGCUGUGUGUGAAGUCUCUACCUCAUUGUAGUAUAUGCAGGCAAGACUGCACUCUCCUACAGAUGUGUGGAGUAAGCUGUGGUGUUGUUUCUUUUUGGCACAUAAUAAACACGUUGCAGCAGA